AUGGCCCCAAACUCCUGCGAACAUCAAAUUCCGCAAGAAUUCGUCGAAGUUCUCCACGACGAGGCCUUGAUUUGUCCGGUAUGUCUAAUCAAGUACCGCAUCGUAGAGGUCAAGAAUAUGCAGGCUGGUCUAGAGCAGCGCGGUGGCAUAUUUGCGUCUAGAUCCAAGUCUGCUAAUGCACCUUGGGGAUCCAGGCAGCGUAUGAGCCACACUGGUUGGAUGAAGCUAUGGAGAGAGGUGAAGAUGAGAGUUUAUGAUGAUGUAGUGCGCUUAAAGAAGCUGAAAGAUGAGAAUCCGGAUCAGGCUGUAGAAUGGGGAAUUGUUACUGCGCUAGCAAUAUGGGAACAAGCAGAAGAGGCGUGCUCACAGGUACCUGGAUACAAUUACAUCACAGACGAGGAUAGUGAAGACGAGGUAGGGAGAGAGCAAGGGUUUAAGGAGCUGAAGACGGGGGCACAUUGCGUCGAGGGAGCAAAAUCGCGAAAAGAAGCCGCCGAGGAGGACGAAUGGAAAAUCGUUGGGCCCAAGCAAAAGCGGAGGCAGCCUCACAACGCGAUAGCACCACCAAGCAAUGUUGGCCCACGUGGCGCGGUCACCGUCGAACCUUCCCGGCAUUAUGACAGGCUGGAGAUAUCAACCAGCAACCAGUUCGAUGUUCUCUCUGAAGUCGGCGUGAAGAAUGACCGACUUGGAGUGGCUGGCCAUCACGGCAAGAAGACUGUGAUAUCGGCAGGACUUGCGUUACAACUAGGAGCUGAAGCCAGCAAAGCUUUGCUCGAGGAGAUUCCUUUGACUCCGAUGCCAGCAGUGCGGAAAAGCAGUACCGCCCUGCCUCCAGUCUCAACUCCGCGAUCCGCAUUAAAGCGCGCCACACCUACAUCCCAACUCGCGACAGUUCAGCCUCAACGUGGCACUGCAUUCAAGCCGCUAGUUACCGUGCUUUCAAACUCAGAUAUACCCAGCGAUAACUCCACAAACCCCAUCCUUCAGCCUCAUAACGAGCACACGCUUGCUGAGCAGGCUAAGAAACAUUCGACAUACAAUCGGAGGUCAAAGUUGUACAACCCUACGACCUGGGCCUCACCUGAGGGCUAUGAGAAGACGAACACCAGCCACUUCAGGACUUCUUGGAGCAUAUAUGAACGUAUACAUAGGGUUGAUUACCAUGAAAAGGCAGUGACCACGUCACCUAAUGGCGAGGAGGAAGCCGGGGCUACAGGGGAGAAGCCCCUCAAUCGCAAGAUCAAGCCCUUGGUUUCCGAAAAGACGCCCAAGGGUCCCGAUCGAAAGCCCCUAGCAUCUAAGAAAAUGCUCCCAGUGUUUGUGAAUGGGAAUAAGGAGACGAUCUGGCGGUAUGGGCCGCCAGGCGCUCGCAGUGGGACGACCAACGGGAUUGGCGAGCGGGAAAGCGAAAAAUAG